UAUAUUGCUCAAUGUGAGGUAGGUGUAAACCACGAAUGAUAGAAAUAAAUCAGUCUUGUUCUAGCCAGCUUGUUUCACUAACGCGCCCCGUCCCUGACACUUUAACAUGGCGCAGUCGGAGGUCGUAAAAUACGAAAAGAACUUAUGUUAGCAUUAACAUAAUGCAAUAAGUGAGAAUUGAUGAAGUUCAUAUGUGUUAUAACAACAUUUAUUAUCAACAAAGAAGCCUCAAGCAAUAAUUAUGGAGUCAAUUCUGCAACCACCGCAACCGUUUAUUUUUGAAAAUGAUAUAACGAACGUUACUUCUGGAAAUCUGAGUAAGGAUUGGGAAAAGUGGAAAAAUGCCUUCAAGAUUUAUUUCGAAGCCUGUGAAUUACAGAAAAAGGAUAAUAAGGUACAAAUAAACAUCUUAUUGCAUAUCAUAGGCGAAAAGUGUCGUGAGGUAUAUGAGCAAUUCAAAGGCGACAUUAAAACUAUAGAGGAUUUAUUGAAGGAAUUCGAUCGAUUUUUCUUACCCAGAAAAAACAUUACGAUUGAACGUCAUGCAUUCUUUACCCGGAAUCAGCGAGAAUUGGAAUCGGUGGAACAAUAUGUUUUCGAAUUGAACAAAAUAGCGGCAAAAUGUGAAUUUGAACAACUGAAGAGUGAAUUAGUACGAGAUAGAAUGAUAUGUGGAAUAAGGGAUGGAGCUUUACGUGAAAGAUUAUUAAGAGAAACGGAAUUAACAUUGUCAAAAGCGGUUGACAUUUGUACUUUGGCUGAAAUAUCAAGACUACAGGCGAACAGCAUAAAGACAGACACCCAGAUGCAUCAUGUCGACGAAAUAGUAUCUGAUCAGCGGCAAGAUGAGACCUGUGUACACUUUGUUAGACGCGGCGGACCGCGUAACUCGCCAGCAGCUACGCAUCGAACUUCAAAAUGGCGGCAACCUGCGCGACGUCGCGAUAGCGGCUCCGGUUCCGCGCAAACGCAAGUGUCAACGCACAAUCAACAAACAGUGAGGCGGAAAAAUGUGUUUUCAAAUAAUUAUGAACAAUCCACAUCCAAAGGCAAUAAAAACAUAAUGUGUAGAAAGUGUGGAAUAAAUCACAACAAAUUCAACUGCCCAGCUUUUGGGCAACGCUGUAUUGCUUGCAAUAAAAUGAAUCAUUACGCAAGAAUGUGCCAAGUUUACGAGGUCCAGGAGGAGUCCAGUGAUCAGGUAAUUUAUACAAUAAAUAACAAUUCUAGUAAUAAUGACUGGUCAGUUGUACUAUUGAUAAAAAAUACACCAAUCAACUUUAAAUUAGACACUGGAGCCGAUGUUAACAUCUUACCAAAAACUUACUUAAAAGAUCUCAACAUUUUAGACAGGGAAUUAGCUAGGACAACCCUGAAAUUACAAGGAUAUGCUGGUAGCAAAAUUGAAGUACUAGGCAAAUGUUUUCUUAAAGUUAUUUAUAAACAAAAUGUAUACAUACUGAGAUUCAUUGUUGUUAAUACUCAAUCCCCACCAAUAUUGGGAAGGAGUUCUUGCGCAGAAAUGAACCUAAUUCAGCGGGUCAUGGCAGUUAAACAUAUUACAAACACCAGUGUCAACAUUUUAGAUAAAUUUCCAGAUUUGUUUUCAGGCAUAGGUUGUUUACCAGGCACUUAUAAAAUAGAAUUAAAAGAGGACGCACAACCUGUAGUGCACGCUCCUAGGAAAUUACCAGUAGCUUUGAAAGAGCAAGUUAGGAAUAAAUUAUUAUAAAUGCAAAAGGACGGGAUUAUUCAAAAGGUUGAGGGUCCAACAGACUGGGUUAACAGUAUGACAGUCGUAAAGAAACCCAAUGGUGACCUCCGUAUAUGUUUAGAUCCACGUGACCUAAACAAAGCAAUUAAGAGAGAACAUUUUAAGUUGCCUACUUUUGAGGAAAUAGCAGCUAGCUUAUCGGGUGCUAAGUACUUCAGCACAUUGGACGCCAAACAAGGCUUUUGGCACGUUAAAUUAGAUGACAGCUCUACAGACCUAUGUACGUUCAAUACGAUAUUUGGUAGGUUUAAAUUCUUGAGAAUGCCCUACGGUAUAAGUUCAGCUUCAGAAAUCUUUCAUAAGAGGCUAUACGGACAUUUUGAUGACAUAGAAGGAGUAAUUCAAUUUAUUGAUGAUAUUUUAAUAUACGCUAAAACUAAAG